AUGCCUCCUCAGUUGUCCAAGAAGCGUGCCAGCAAGGCUGAUGAUUACAACUCUGACGACGGUUUCGUCGAAGACGCUCCCAAAUCAAACAAGCGUGCCAAAACCAGCCAGCCAAUCUCCAAAGACAAGCAACUUGAUGACGAUGGCAACCCUUACUGGGAGCUUUCUGGAAAGCGUCGUGUCACUCUCUCAGAGUUCAAGAAGAUGCACCUGAUCAACGUCCGCGAGUACUACGAGAAAGACGGAAAGAUGCUUCCUGGAAAAAAGGGCAUUUCUCUUUCUUUGGAACAAUUCUCGGCUUUCCUCGAGGUUCUUCCUGAAAUCGAAGCAGCUCUCAAGUCUAAGGGUCAAGAGCUCCCUCGUCCAAACUACGCCUCAGAGGGUCCUUCGAUUGCCGCUGAGUCGGAACAAGAGGAAUUCGAGACUGAGACCGCCGACGUUGAACCAGAGACGAAGACCGACACUUCAUCCAACAAGCUCGACAAGUUCAAAUACGGCAAGAAGAACCAUGAGGCCACGAGUGAUGAAGAGGAUUGAAACUUUGUCUGAGCAGCAACUCACUUCACCAAGAACAAUGAGCGAGCGUGUUGACUCGUCGCUUGACGCUAAAACGAGGCCAUGGUAUACACAAAGAGAUGAUGGCCCAUGAUAUGAUUACGACUUUGCUUUUUUACUCGAGAUACCCAUUAGAAUGAUAAGCAAACAUGCUGACAAGCUCUUUCCAAUUGGAGUAGCAUUUCCAGAGAAUAAGAC